CCCAGUUCUGAUCCCUGCCAGGUUACUAGUAUUGGUAGGUUUAGGUUAGGUUAGGUGUGGGGAAGGGAUUAAGAUUAGGGGUGGGGUUAGGAUUAGGCAAUCAGGUAGCGAUUUGAACGAGAGGGGGUAAUAAUUUGGCGGGGGUCGAAAAUGGGCACAACACCGGAAAUCCAAAGUGGAGGAUAUAUGUAACUAGCCCAGGAGCAUUUAUUUGAUCAAAGCUGCAUCAUUUUUAAUAUUUUAGACUUGAAAAUGAGGAAGCUGUUUAUUUACAUCUUGAUUCUCUCCUGUUACGGUUCACCUGGUGUUGGUACAGAUGACACAGACUUUGUGAUGGAGGGAGAUUCAGUCUCUCUAAACACUGGUUUUAAAACAAACCAACAAGUAGAGUUUGUGUGGUAUUUUAAUGACACUCGCAUUGCUCGAUUGAUUGGACAUACCAGUAAGAUCUGUACAGAUGUUCAGUGUAAUGAAGGUAAAGAGGAAUUCAAAGACAGACUGAAGUUGGAUAAUCAGACUGGAUCUCUGACCAUCUCAAACAUCAGAACCACAGACUCUGGAGAAUAUAAACUAGUGAUAAUCAGUAACAACAGCAGCAUUUCAAAGAUCUACAGAAUUGCUGUUAAUGGUGUUCCUGCUGCUCAACGAGAUGAAAAGAAGACCAAGUCUGUAGUAGAGGGAGAAUCUGUCACUUUAGAUCCUCGUGUGACAAAAAAAACAAAUAAUUCAAUGGCGUGGUAUUUUAAUAACACUCUCAUCGCUGAAAUCACUGGAGAUCAGAGUAAGAUUUGCACAGAUGAUCAGUGUUCUGACAAAUUCCAAGACAGACUGAAACUGGAUCAUCAGACAGGAUCUUUGACCAUCACAAACACCAUAACCACAGACUCUGGACUCUAUAAUCUAAAGAUCAGCAGCAGCAGCAGCCGCCGCCGUCGCCACAGCAACAGUUUCACCACUAUGAAGAGCUUUAGUGUUUUUGUUACUGCUGUUCCAGAUUCAGGUUUGUCUCCAGCAGCUGUGGGAGGAGCAUGUGCUGGUGUUCUGGCCCUUGCUGCUGCAGUUGCUAUUGCAAAAAGGAAAGGCAUUUGUACGCGGCAGAGUCGUCAGAAGAACAUCUGAACAGUGUCAAGCAAUAUAGCACACACACACACACACACACACACACAUUAUUAACCAGAUGAAUUAAACAUCAAAAAUAUUGUUACUACUUAGAAAGUAGCAUUCUCUGGUCUCUCGUGUCCUUGUGUUUGUGUAACUGAAGCAUUAAUCCUGUUAAUUUUCUGUAAAUAUCUGUCUUCUUCCAGGAGAAUGAUGUCUAAUCAAGAACACAACCAAUGGGACGUCGCCUAAUCUGACUGAGGCUGCCAAAGAUGCUUCACUUUCUACAUAACUGCUAUGUUCAUUUGAGAGGCCAAGUAUAAAUAUUUAUAGUUUACCAUUGUUUACUGUAAGAUUUGUAUUUACAAAUGUGAAGGAAAGGAUGUGACGUGUGGCCAAGUAUGGUGACCCAUACUAGGAAUUUGUUUUAUACACACACCCCUCCAAUGCAGUGGGCAGCCAUAUUGCUGUGGUGCACGGGGAGCAGUUGGGGGUUCGAUGCCUUGCUAAAUGGUCUCACAUUAGGUGUGGUAUUAAUGGUUGAAAGAGAGCACUGAUCAUUCACUCCCCCCACCUACACUCCCUGUCGGACCUGCAAUUUGAACCCGCAACCUUCGGGUUAAAAGUCAGACUUUCUAACCAUUAGACCAUGACUGUGUUUAUUUGACACUCAAAUAUAGGCCAGCUGUGAUGUAGCAAACUGUUUGCUCAUGAUUAUCUAAGAAGCUCUAUAUAGUGCCAAAUACACACCACAAGCAAGCUCGUUUUAUAAUACCUUUGACAAGAAAGAAAGCAGCAGCAGUAAAAUAUGUCUAAUGCAGGGGUUUUCAACCCUGUCCUGGAGGCACCCCUGCCCUGCACAUUUUGUAUGUCUCCUUUAUUAGACACACUAAGGUCUUGCAGCAGAGAUUUUCUUACUAUUGGGAGAUGAUAGGGUAUGUAUUACUUACUAUUGGAGAUAGUGCUACUGUCAACUUGAAACCAAUCACAUUACAGCCUUGAUGUCAUUGAAUUUCAGUUCAGAGUUGUGCAACACUCAGUCUGCAUUUAUGGAUACCAUAGGAAUAAAUGGGUAAAGUGCUGUAAUCUUAAUGUCACCUGUCACAAAAAGUCAGUGACUUC